UAGGUAGAAACACGUCGGAGCUCUUCAAGACCUCUCUCUCUACCGAGCCUCUUCACCUUGUCGAGCUCUGCACAAGGCAGGCUUGACUGUGCAAUUGCUCGCUUUGCAGACUUGUGGGUCUCAUUUUCGCGGAGCCCUUCAUUCUCCUUCUCCUUCACUCUGGCUACGAUGCUGGUAGCUAGGGAGGUCUGUAGCGGCUGUCUAUUUACGGACAUCCACAAUGAUCGCAGUGAUGGCACGCAAACGGGAGGGAAGGGCAGCGGAUGUCACAUCAGUCUUUAAAGCGGCCGCGGCGAGCUUUCCCUACGACCGCGCUGGUGUUGCAGGCAAGCAAGAGCGGAGAGCUGUUUGGCCCUAUCCACAGGCCGCGAAGAGGAAUGCUUGCCUCUCGACGUGUAGCAGUGCUUUGACCCUGCAUUUCUUCUCCCACGAUACCAAGCUAACCAUUUGGCUGUUUGCAAAGAUGAUGUUACGAGGCAAUGCACAUAUCCAUGUUGAUCAGCGGCUUUGUGUGGACCCUUAGC